UGAAGAAACGGGUUAACAGAACGAAUCUUCUUCGCCAGAAAAACCCGAUAGGUCUACCUUUUUAUCAAAAAAAAAAAGAUCGAUAAUAAUAAUACGUUGCGUCAUAACUGUUUCGUAAACGUAGAUUUAUGUGAUUUAAACACGAAUUUGUGAAAAUUAUAAGUAAUUUUGACGGAAACAAAGUUUGCAGUGUGAAAAAAUAUUGCACGGACAAGUUCUGGGUAGAAGAAGCCCCACUUUUGUCAAAUUAACUCCAUCUAGCGAUACUAUUUCGAACUAAGAGCGACCUGUUUACGUGUUCUUUAUAGUGUACAGUACGUUUAGUGUGUAAAUUAUACUCGGUUUCUAUGGUGAGCGACGGCAGUCGGUGCGGGUCGAUAGCGUAUCCGUCAUAGAGCAGAAGCAUUGGUGACAAUGCCCAAUCAUGGGGUGUACAGCCAGCCGAAUAUCGCCUCAGAAAAUUAAAGUCGCCCGUGAAAACGGACCUAAAGAUGCCAAAACACCGGAGAAGAAAGAAACCGAACUACCUCACGUUCUGGUAACGGAAGACGAUGAUUGCAAGAGCGAAGAAGAAGUCGAUAAACUGGAGGCGUCGAUGGAUAGCAGAGUUUCGGGAUUUUCUUUCAAUUCGUGUCAAAGCGCGGUCAGUUCGGAUUCCGGAGUUUACGAAUUAGACGAAGAAUACGCUCACAUCGUAACGGAGCAUUCCGAUCCAAUAAAAGUGCAGAAAGUACAUCGGGAAUUUCAACCUAUGGACAAUUUAGAAUUAUUGGUCGAAGGCCGAGCGUGUCCGAGGAAAUUAAGUCCCAAAGACAGAGAUAGGCUGGAGCAAAAGGAAAUCAUGCAGAAACUCCGAGAAGAAGGUUUGAUAUUUCGUCCCGCAUCUCGAGCAACCGGUGGAUUGACGUUCGAGUUAGUCGAUGAAAAUCAAUAUCAGACGAUUAGGCGCUUGCCGCCCAUUCUACGUCAACCAAAAAAGAAAAAAAAGGAACUCACCUACGAAGAAAUAACUAAAAAGUUAGAUAAAGCGGAGAAAAGAAGAAAGCAACGAGAAGAAGAACGAUUGAGCAAGCUUGCUACAAAAGAUCGUAUUGAUCAAGUUUCCACAGCUGUUGCUCAGCAGGCAGAACUACAAAGAUUAAAACAGUCCGAGAAGAUGGAAGCUUCAGCCAGGAGUCGCGAACAACAUUUACAAGAACUGAGGAAAAAAUUGCGAGCCAAAGAGGAACACGCAAAUAAAGUCAGGAAAAGAAAACAAAUGCUAGAUAGAAUACCGGAGUAUAGAGAAGAUUAGAGAGGUGCGACGUUUAUUAUAUAGUUAUUAUGUACAGCACGUUAUUUCUUCGACGUUUUCUAUGUACAGAAUAGUUGAGAAAAACUCGUGGAUUUGUAAUAAAGUUUGGAAAAUAAACGUUAAUUAAUUAUAUAAAGAUUUAUUCGACUUAUUUUUCCCGGGAUUUCGAUUCCGGCUUGGAAAUAAUUUGCUUUUGAACCAUGCGAAAUAUUUUCAAAUUUAAUUAAAAUAAAGCUAAUUAUAAGCUUAAAUGCGGUCAUUAAUUUAAUUUAAAUUUAUGUCAUAUUCUUUGUGCGUUUA